AUGGGUCGUAUGGCGCUUGCUUUCUCUAUAUUGGCCAAGAUUUUCAGGAUGGGUUUUCAGCCUGAUACCAUAACGUUGACAACAAUCCUGAAAGGCCUCUGUCUCUGUGGUAAUGUUGAAAAAGCACUGCACUUUCAUGCCACAAUGCUGGCUCAUGGAUUUUACUUUAAUCAAGUCACUUAUGGGACCUUGAUCAAUGGGCUUUGUAAGACCGGACACACAUCAGCUGCUAUUCAAAUGUUGAGAAAGAUCUCACGGUGUCUUGUGGGUCAAUAUAAGGAAGCCGUUCUUUUGCUAAAUGAUAUGAUUCUCAUAAACGUUACUCCAAAUGUUCAUACCUAUAGCAUUUUGAUCGAUGGGCUAUGCAAGGAAGGAAAGAUCAAAGAUGCUAAGAAUGUGUUGGCUGUGAUGACAAAACAUGGUGUGAAACCAAAUGUGGUUACUUAUAACAGCUUAAUGGACGGAUAUUGUUUGGUUAAUCAGGUAAAUAAGGCAAAAUAUGUAUUCAACACAAUGGCCGAGAGUAGAGCGUUUCCUAAUGUUCGAAGUUAUAAUAUCAUGAUUAAUGGCUUUUGUAAGAGUAAAAUGAUCGAUGACGCCUUGAAUCUCUUCGAAGAGAUGCAUCGCAAGAACUUGGUUCCUGACACGGUAACUUACAGUACUCUAGUUGAUGGCUUGGGAAAAUCAAGAAGAAUCCUUUGUGCCUUAGAGCUUCUUGAAAAGAUGCAUGAUCGAGGUCAACCUGCUAAUAUAGUCACUUACAAUUCCUUGUUGGAUGGGAUGUUCAAUAUCAAACAACAUGACAAGGCACUUAUGUUAUUCAAGGAAAUGAAAGAGAGUGGCAUUGAUCCAGAUAUUACAUACAGCAUACUUAUAGAUGCCUGUGCAAAAGUGGAAGACUUAAAAAUGCAAAAGAGAUAUUUCAAGAUCUUUCAAUUAAAGGCUGUUCUCCAAAUGUGAGGACUUACAAUAUUAUGAUCCAUGGGCUCUGCAAAGAGGUGUUGUUUGAAGAAGCAGUGGCCCUGCUGUCGGAAAUGGAAGGCAAUGGUUGCUUACCAGAUGCUGUGACUUUUGAAACUGUUAUUCGUGCUUUGUUUGAAAAAGAUGAGAAUGACAUGGCGGAGAAACUUCUUCGGGAAAUGGUUGCUAGAGGCUUAUUAAAUUGAUAAAAGAAGGUAAUAUACAUCAACUCGAAUUGAAAUUACAUCUCAUUGUUGCUGAAUAUGUAUCAUAGUUUUAUAAAUUCUGUGUCUGUUGGGUCAGAGGACUUUGGCAAUGCCAUAACAUUAAUUAAUUUUGUACUUUCGAUUUUUGCAAUUGCUAUCAUCCUUUUGAAUUCCACUACUUUAUUGAUUCUUUAGUUGAUAUUCCUAGUUAUAGCUUACAGAUUUAGUGUUUAAGAUCUCUUUAUAGCAAUAGAGUGUUCUUUACUGUUCUUCUAUGAGAUCAUGUAUUUAUCAUGCUACAAACUAAGCAAAACUAAAAAGAUUGAAAAUUUUGUUUUGUUGUUUGUUGUUUGUACUCUGCUAUUCUGUUGUGCAACUUAUUUUUCCGUAUCUUUGUAGGUACCAUAUAUAUAUAUAUAUAUAUCAAACUAAUUCCUAUGACUUUUUAUCAUAAGCAACCAUGAGCUAUUGUUUAUUUGAUUGAAUCCUCUGGGAAUUGUUGUAAAAGGAAAUUUAAAUAGGUACUAAGGAUUUAUUCUUAGGCUAUAUAGUUUUUGCUUCCAUCUUAAAAAUAAACCCACCUUCUAAAAUGCAUGUCCCCUCUUUUCAUCAACCUAAGCAACAUUGAGUCAAGGUUAAUAUGGUUCAGUUAUUUCAAGAUUUUUGGCCAUUUUCUUAAUUAAUGCUACUCAGUUGUAUUGCUUGGAAAUUGCUUCUGCUGAAAAUAUGUACAUUAUGAAAUACUUUUGCGGAGAAUGUUUUUCUGUUAAUUCAUAGAUGAAUUACUUCAUUAUUUCUUGUGUAGACAUUAUUCCAUUGUCUCUAAGUCUCUGUUUAUUAGCAUUUUAAAAGAAGUUACUGGCUUGGAGUUUUGUUAUGUGGUGUUUGUGGUGGGGGUGUUAAAAGUGAAACAAUACAUAAUUCUUUGAGUUUUUGCUAAUUUUGCCUCCAAAUACUAAUUUUCCCUGCACAUAUCCUUCCAAUUCCUAAUUUUCGAUCAUCAUCAUUCAAUCAUAAUUUUUCUCUCCAAAUGAAUUUUUUUAUUACCAUCAUUCAACAAUAGUGAACACUUUCAGGACUCCAAUAAUAGUACGAUAGCUCCAGCAUCGUUGUACUUGUUUUGUUCUUAUCAAAUUUAACACUCAUGCUUUACUUUAAAAUUUUUUGUUUGGUAAAGUUUUAUUUCAGAAGUCAAUUACAUUAUUUUUUGUCAAUGUGACUUCUUCAGCCAUCAUAACCUAUACGUAUAAUAUACAUGUUAUGUAAUUUUUUUGUCAUUAUAGUACAAAUUCUAUGUUAUUAUUUUUAUCGUAUUUAUUACGUAUAUAAGGGCAUUUAAGUAAAUUCCUCUUCACGGGAAUUUCACAUGUUUCCGUUGAGCGGGUAUCUCAAUCCCAAAAGUAGAGUGUCAAAAUAUAUAUUCAACACAAUGACCCAAAGUAGAGUGUCACUUGAUGUUCAAAGUUACAAUAUCAUGAUUAAUGGCUUGUGCAAAAGUAAAAUGGUAGAUGACACCUUGAAUCUCUUUGAAAAAAUGCGUCGCAAGGACUUGGUUCCAGACACAAUAACUUUUAGUAUUCUUAUUGAUGGCUUGUGCAAAUUAGGGAGAAUAUCUUGUGCUUCAAAGCUUCUUGUUGAGAUGCAUGAUGAAGGUCAACCUGCUGAUAUAAUCUCAUACAAUUCCUUUCUUGAUGCUUUAUGCAAAAACCAUCAUGUUGACAAAGCACUUGUUUUAUUCAACACAAUUAAAGAUCAAGGCAUUCGCCCAAAUAUAUGUACAUACAACAUACUUAUAGAUGGCUUGUGCAAAAGUGGAAGAUUUAAAAAUGUAAAAGAUUUUUCAAGAUCUUUCUGUUAAAGGCUAUCGUCCAAGGUUGUUAGGUAUCUAGAGGCCUAUUGCAAGGAGAAAAGUAGGUGAGAUUCUUCUUGUUAGACAUCACAAAAGGUUGUACACUGAAGCAUGUUAAGUUGCAGCAUGGGGCAGACAAAAAUUGAACUUCUCCAAAGCAAAUCAGUGGUUCUCAAGUGCCACAAACCAGAGACAAUGUAAGCAUGAGAAGGCUCAAUCAUGGAAUAUGUAUCAAUAACUAAGCUCUUUGCAACUGAAUGCUACAAGAGGUAGCAUUUCAGGGCCAAAUCCAAGUUGUUGAGGGGGAUUCUUAUUUGUACAAAUGGCACUUCAAACUUAGAACGAGCACGAAGGAAUUAACGAUACUUCUUUAUCUUUUGAGUUGUUCUGCCGGAUCGAUUGCUCAAGACCUUUGGUUUCUAUCCGGACUUGAUGAAAAAAAUGGGAUCACUUCUUAUGAACUCGUUGAGAAUGAUUCUGAUCUAGUUCAUGGCCUAUUAGAAGUAGAAGGCGCUCUAGUGGGAUCCUCACAGACAAAAAAAAGGUUGCAGUUAGUUUGAUAAUGAUCGAGUGACAUUGUUUUUUCGGUCUGAACCAAGGAAUUUCUUAAUAUGAUUUAAAAAAGAUCUUGUUUUAUGUUGAUAAGAGAUUUCUCUAUGAAAAAUAUGAAUCGGAGUUUGCAAAAGGGGAAGGAGUCUUCGACCCGCAACAGAUGGAGGAGGAUUUAUUCAAUCACAUAGUUUGGGCUCAUGGAAUAUGGCGCUUUCUUCUUUUCAUGCUCUGCUAUUUCAUUGUCUAAGGAGGCUUUAGCAAUUUUGGUGACGAAAAUGAAUAGAAUGCCUAAGAAGAAUAAUUGUUAUUAUUAAAUCUCCAAAAGAAGGAGAACGGAUUUUCUAAAUAUUUUCGUUUUUACACUUGA